AUGCGAUUCCUAGCACUCAGCGUUUUGGCUCAAGCCAUCUCAGUCAGCGGAGCUGUCGCGAGCAUCAAUAAAGGUUCCGUUUCUUAUCCCGUGACACCUGUUAAUACUAUAACUGUUACUGCUACUGCUACUACUACUAGUCUGUCGUAUUCGACGACUAGCGCGUCCCCCACUGGAGACGCUGGCGAUGGUACCAAGAUUCAUGUUAGUAGCGGCUGCAUUUCUAUCAAUGGGGUAGGGCGUUGCAAGAGCGACGAGGGAGCUUACAACAUCGCCCGGGUAGAGGGUCAGAAAUACAGCACCGCUGUCAUCUAUUCCGCGUUUGACAGUAAGAACAAUGCUGAGUGGGUGGUUCCUACUUGCAUUCUCUAUGCAAGAUGGCCUAGCUCCUAUGGUGAUCUGGACUUUGUCAGGAACCGUCUCAUGAAUCGCCACAAUAAUUAUGAUCAACCCUGUGAAAUGAACGAGAGAACCGAUCUUCUUGUCCCAAAUCCGUACUAUGACUACGACAACAAACAUCAGUGA